AUGGCAAGUGUAGGAGGCUCCACUCUACCCAGCCACCUCCCCUUCUUCCUCCUCCUCCUUCUCCAGCUGUCUGUCAUUUAUGCAGGACAGUUCAGAGUGAUAGGACCAGGGCAUCCCAUCCGGGCUCUUGUGGGGGAUGAAGUGGAAUUGCCAUGCCGCAUCUCUCCUGGGAAGAAUGCUACUGGCAUGGAGGUGGGCUGGUACCGCCCUCCCUUCUCCAGAGUGGUUCACCUCUACAGAAAUGGCAAGGACCAAGAUGGAGAGCAGGCUCCGGAGUAUCGGGGCCGGACAGAGCUGCUGAAGGAGACCAUUGGUGAGGGAAAGGUAUCCCUCAGGAUCCGGAACGUGAGGUUCUCAGAUGAGGGAGGUUACACCUGCUUCUUCCGAGACCAUUCAUACCAAGAGGAGGCAGCAAUGGAGUUGAAAGUGGAAGAUCCCUUCUUCUGGGUCAGCCCUGGAGUGCUCGUCCUCAUUGCUGUCCUGCCCAUGCUCCUCCUGCAGAUCACUGUGGGCCUGGUCUUCCUCUGCUUGCAGCACAGACUCAGAGGAAAACUCCGAGCAGAAAUAGUGAAUCUCCACCGGACUUUUGAUCCACACUUCCUGAGAGUACCCCCCUGGAAGAUCACCCUGUUUGUAAUUGUGCCGGUUCUUGGACCCCUGGUUGCCUUGAUCAUCUGCUACAACUGGCUACAUCGAAGACUAGCAGGGCAAUUCCUUGAAGAGCUGAGAAACCCCUUCUGA